UGACUGCCAUAAAGGAACUAUCUCUAUCUAGAGAUCUCUUCUUUUGGACUGUUUAGUGAACCCUGGUCUUUGGGACAGAAUGGCUAUAGGAACAGUUCAUCUUCCCUGGUAUCAUGCAGAACGUUUUCAUCUUCGUCUCCUUUUGAAUACUGCCAUCUUCACCCAGUAUCUCUGUGCACGUAUUAGUAGAUAUUAUUUUGGUUGCUCUCCUUGGCAGUUCUUGAGAAGAUUAUCAGAGCUAUAUUUCUGGCAGUUAUUGCCUUUAUCUGUAUUAAUAAACUCAAGAGUGCUACAGAAAGGUCCAGCACCGCGAGGCACGUUUUCUUUCUCUGCUUUGGCGCAUACCAGAACUCCGCCAGCCACUGAGGGAACCACCUCCGUUCCUCCUGCCCCGCGACACGGCACCAGCCGAGGGCGAUUCCUGCCGCCUGGGGGCGGCUCGGAGCCUAGCACCGCCCUCGCCCCUCCUCCUGUCCCUCGCGUCCCCUGCCCGCCGCCCGGCCCCUCCUGCUACGCCGCGCUCAAGAUGGCGGCCGCGCUGAGGGGGCUGCUGCGGCGCGCGGUGCCCGCCGCCGGGAGGACGCUGACGGCGCAGCCGCUGCUGUGCGCCCGCCGCCGGCUCACGCUGGGCGCCUCGCGGCUCGCCCCGGCCGUCACGCAGCACGCCCCGUUCUUUAAAGGCACGGCCGUCGUCAAUGGGGAGUUCAAGGAACUGACCCUGGACGAUUUCAAGGGGAAAUACCUCGUGCUUUUCUUCUACCCUCUGGAUUUCACCUUUGUGUGCCCCACAGAAAUCGUGGCUUUUAGUAACAAAGCGAAUGAGUUCCACGAUGUGAACUGCGAGGUGGUGGCGGUUUCUGUGGACUCCCACUUCUGCCACCUGGCCUGGAUAAAUACACCACGUAAGAAUGGCGGCUUGGGCAAAAUGAAUAUUCCAGUUCUGUCAGACCUCACAAAACAAAUCUCCCGUGAUUAUGGUGUUCUGCUAGAAGGACCUGGCAUUGCACUAAGAGGUCUCUUCAUCAUUGAUCCAAAUGGGGUCAUCAAGCAUCUGAGCAUCAAUGAUCUCCCUGUCGGUCGCAGUGUGGAAGAGACCCUUCGCUUGGUGAAAGCAUUCCAGUAUGUGGAAACACAUGGGGAGGUUUGCCCAGCAAACUGGACUCCAGAUUCCCCUACAAUCAAACCAAGUCCAGAGGCUUCUAAAGAAUAUUUUGAGAAAGUGCACACAUAAACACUCAAAUGCAGAUGAAACUUUGUUACUGUAUGCUGAAGAUGUUAAGUGGCUGUGAUUAUGGAAGAAAAAAGGUUCUCAUUUCCUCAUGCUUUAAAAUAAUAAUUAAAUGCUGAAAUACUUAUUGACUCUCUUGCCCUUUUUUUUUUUUGUAAAAAUAAGGCUUUAUUUUCCCCUUCAGCAAGUUAAGUUUUAUGUAUGCCUGUAACCAGAAUGUGACAAGUGGAUGAAAAACAGUUACCUUCCGUGUUUUUUUUGUGUUUUUUUAGAUUAUUUUCCCCCUUUGCUUAACUAGCUUUGGGAAAAAGAAAACUCCCAGUUAGCUUUUCUCACAUACGGAUGCCUUUCUGUAACAAGAGUUGGAAACUGUGCAAGUGGACAAUACAGAAAACAGUUUUGACACAGAGUUCUUUUUAAGUAUUUUUUUUUCAGAGGAUGAAAUGAAUGUAACACGCACAAGUUUCUGUCCACAGUAUAAGAUCAAUGUAUGUACAAAUAAAAUCUUGUCAGAUACAAAAUGUAAAAAUAUAGUGCAGCUACACAGGAGCAUUAACAGGUAUUAUGAGCUUGCAUUCUGUUUAGGAGAUAAUUAAAAAUUUGCACUCCACUACUGUGCUUAGCGGAGCUUGAUAACGAUCUUCCUUCAUUUAAAGCCUUGUUUGUCUGCUUGAAUCUGCCUCCAGAAAUGUAAAGGUUGAUUGUAAAUUGUACCAUUUAAAGGAUUAUAGUAUACCUGUGCCUGUGGUCAAUAAAUCCUAGUACUGACUUGCA